GCGCCAGUGUGCGCUCAGGAAAACAGCGCCUGAGUGUGGAGUGUGGAAACGGGGGAAGGAAGGGAACGAGGGAAAAGGGGGGACCAGGGAGGAGAGAGAGAGAGGAAAGAGGAGAGAGAGAGAAAGAGAGAGAGAGAGAGAGAGAGAGAGAGAGAGAGAGAGAGAGAGAGAGAGAGGAAAGUGUGUGCAUGUAUCAGUAUGUGUGUGUGUGAAUGAGUGACAGUGUGUGAAUGUGAGAGAGCCAGAGGCCAAAGUGUGUGACGGACUGAUUGACCGACGGAGGGGACACGGGGACCAUCGGGUGCCACGGAUCUCUAUAUGGGUUGCGUCCUGGGCGCCGAUUGUUGCGAGGACGAGCUGAUUGUGCCACCGCCACCACCAUCGGUCAGCAGGGCAGCGAGCAAGAGGACCAGUCCAGAGCGAAGCAGCAGCAUGAGGCUGACCAAGGUGGGGAAGGGAGAGCCGCACGUCUUCAAGGAGAAGGCUUUCAAGAAGAAGCGUCAGUGCGGGGUGUGUCGCCAGAGCAUCGACAGCCUCGGCUCCUUCUGUCGAGUGUGCAAAACAGCCACACAUAAGAAAUGCGAAGCAAAGGUGAACUCGGCCUGUAUCCCGCCGCCCCCAUCCGACUUGCAGCGCAGGGGGACGGCUCCCUCCAGACACAUCCAGCACCUGGGCUCCACCAAGUCUUUGACAUACUCCAAACAACGAAGUACUCUACCCAGGAGCUUCAGCGUGGACCGGGUGAUGGAACGAGUGAUGGAGCGUAACUACGACUUCGACCUGACCUACAUUACCGAGAGGAUCAUCUCCGUCUUCUUCCCACCACUCCUGGAGGAGCAGCGUUACCGUAGCAACCUGAAGGAAGUGGCCGCCAUGCUCAAGUCCAAACACCAGGACAAGUUUAUGCUCCUCAACCUCUCGGAGAGACGGCAUGACAUCACGCGACUCAACCCCAAGGUCCAUGACUUUGGCUGGCCCGACCUGCACGCGCCGCCGCUGGACAAAAUCUGUGCCAUGUGCAAAGCCAUGGAGACCUGGCUCAACUCCGACCCCCAGCAUGUGGUGGUGCUGCACUGCAAGGGAAACAAAGGCAAGACUGGUGUCAUCAUUGCAGCCUACAUGCACUACAGCAAGAUCUCUGCAGGGGCUGACCAGGCUUUGAGCACGUUGGCCAUGAGGAAGUUUUGUGAGGACAAGGUCUCCUCGUCCCUGCAGCCUUCACAGAACAGGUACAUCUACUACUUUGGGGGCCUCCUGUCCGGGGCCAUCAAGAUGAACAGCAGCCCGCUCUUCCUCCACCAGGUCCUCAUCCCCACCAUCCCCAACUUCCAGACAGACGGAGGAUACUUUCCGUUCCUCAAGAUAUAUCAGUCCAUGCAGCUGGUCUACACAUCUGGCAUAUAUGACUUGCAGGGUUCUGGAGGGCGACGGCUGUGUGUCACCAUUGAACCUGCUCUGCUAUUGAAAGGAGACAUCAUGGUGAAGUGCUACCACAGGCGGGUGCAGAAGGCGGAGAGGGACACGGUGUUCCGGCUGCAGUUCCACACGUGCACCAUCCAUGGGGCUCAGCUCUGGUUUGGCAAGGGAGAGCUGGAUGAGGCCUGCUCAGAUAGCGUCUUUCCCACUGAUGCCACGGUGGAGUUUGUCUUCUCCUCUGGACCGGAGAAGAUGAAAGGGCGUGAGUACCAGAGGAAUGACCCAGCCGUCACUGUGGACUACAACACGUCAGACCCAGUGGUGCGCUGGGACUCCUACGAGAACUUCAACCAAAGGCAUCAAGACAGCUUGGAAGUAGACAUAGCCCACACACGUGGCCCCCUGGACGGCAGCCUGUACGCCCAGGUGAAGAAGCGGCGCGCUGGGGCCGGAGGCUCCGGGUCCCUCACCUCCACCAAUGGGAGCCUGCCGCGCAGCACCACAGCCGAGGACAGGGAGAGGUCGCCCAAUCAGAUGCUGUCGGUCAGCUCCGACUCGGGCCACUCCUCCUCGGCCGUGGCGGAGCGUUUGGAGGAGCCGCCCCGACCGCCUCCCCCUACGCAGCAAGAGCGGGAGGACCUGGAGAGGCUGCUGGGGGGCAUCGAGGGGGACAGGGUGGUGGUCGGACGCGACCAGCGGGACCGAGAGACGGCCAUCUUGGACGACGGAGACUCCCCAUCCCCCGUCAUGCCCUCACCACCGCCCCCCACCACCACCACCAAUGCGGUGGAGCGCACGGGCACUCUGAGGCUGAACCGCUCAUGUUCGUGUCGUGUCGGGUACCGAUCUCAACAGUGCUCGGAGCCCGGGUGCGAUCGUCCUCACCACAUGGCCAACGGCUACUGCCUGGAGCGGACGCCCAGCACCAAUGGCCACUCCGCCCCCCCGCCGCCACAAGCCCUCAUGGGGAUGUGCCACACACACCCGCACAUCAACCCUCACCCUCACCACCAGUCCCUCCCGCCCCCAGACCUGCUGUGGGACCGGCAGCAGGGGCCUCCGCAUUACCUGCACCGAUCCUGCUCUGAAGGGCCCUCUCGCCACCUGUGCUCCUACCCCAGCCAGGACCUGUCCCCGCCGCCGCCCCCCAACCCCCACGCACUCUCGGGCUCCGGUCGCCUGCUCUGCCACCCUGACGACUACCUGCCGUACGGUCACCCUUCGUCCCACGCUCACCCGCACCCGCACCACCCCAAGCCCCCUCCUCCUCCGCCGGGUUCCUAUCACGACAUGAUGCUGCUGGACAGUUUGGCGCCCCCCGGCUGCCCGUGCCGGGACUGCUGCCUGCGGCGCGCCGACGACUCGGCCUUCCACACGCUGCGCAUGGACAGGGGGGAGGGUCUGCACUGGGACAGGGGCGUGGAGGGGCUGCGACGGGGCCGCGAGGUGUCCCUGCACUGGGAGCGCGAGCGCGAGAGGGAGCGCGAGGCCGACCUGCAGUGGGAACGCGACCGCGAGGCCGACUACUGGCACCGCAGGGCCACCGUGUCAGGCUACGGUGGCCCCCAGGGGACACACUCGCACCCCCACCCGCACCCACACCCACACGACCUGCCCGCCUUCAGCUUCGACCCCCUGCCGUCCGGCCACCCGGCCUACCCCGAGCCCUCGCACUCCCACGCCCACUCGCACCUGGAUGUCAAGUACAGCAGCAGCAGUGGGUACCAGACCCCGAGGCAGGCCUGUCCGUACUCCCCCUACCAGCCCUCCCCGUCUGAGAGCCGGGGGUACGCCUCCGGGUACCAGUCCGAGUCCACCUCGCCGCUGCCCCCCACUGGCGGGAGCUGUGCAGUGCCAUCCAGCCACCCCAGCGGACCCAUGGAGGGCCACCACCCCGAGGGCCAUUCGCAAGCGUAUCCUGAUACACAGACUGAUGGCCAUGCAUCAGUGAUGGAGGGUGGCCACUGGCGAGACCACAUUAACCAUGUGCCCCUGAGGGGGAUCCACCGAGAGACGACACACAUCCCCUGCUCCACGCCGUCGGAUAACAUGUCGGGGCCUCCCACCCCCGUACACACCAGCAGCCCACUGCGCACGCAGGAGAGCCCCGGUUUGGCAGCUCGUGAGUGUGAGAUGCACUCCAAAGAGUCCCAUGGAGACAUGACCCCGGCCCCCCAGUCUCCCUCCAGGCCCCAUCCCCAGCCUGGCCCUCAGGAGCCCCACACCCACUCCCACACCUCCAGCCCCAUCCCUGCCACCCAGGCCUCCAGGCACAGCCAGCCCCCCAGCACUGAGCCCUGCACCCCCACACCGGCAGCUCUGGCAGAGGCCGCCCUCAGCCCCUCCCUCGGUCCAGAGGCGCAGGUCCCGGAACCGCAGCCUCUCCCUGCAGCCACACCUGAGCAGCAAAGCACAGUCAUGGCCGUGGUGGCCCCCAGCCAAGCCAACCAGGUGGGCCCUACACAUCAUCAUCAGUCCAGCACACCUGCUCUCCCAGAGGAGAGCGCGCGGGUCCCUCAGGACAGCAGCCCUGCACAGGGCACCGUAACUCCGGAUCCGGUUGCCCAUCGGAUAGGACCCGACCACACCGCCUCCUCCAGCUUCUCCUCCCCGCCUGCCUCCCCUUCCUCCCCUGUGGCCCCUCAAACCCACCCCAGCACCCCCACCUCCUCCUCCUGUCCACAGCCAGACACAACACCCUCAUCUCCCCCCAAACCCGACUCGGCUCCCUCCUCUCCUCAGCCUCCUCCUGCGUCUCCUCUGGUACCGGUAAACGGCAGCCAGGAGGGCUCCCCGUCCUCGGCUGAGCCGCCCGUGCCGGGCUUCGCCACGCUGGGCCGCAGGCUGAUGCUCUCCUCCUCCUCGGAGGGCCUCCCUGGUGUGGGGCACCUGGGCCACUACUCCAGCAUGGAGGGCAUCUCCAGCUCCCGCGGCUCCCCCACCUCCGCCUCCGAGGGCACCUCCACCCCCACCUUCCCCCUCUCCUCCACGGGCUGCUACUACCAGCCGGCAGAGUCCCUGGGCCCCCUCUCGGGCCACCCGGGCAGCUCCAACUCCUGUUUGGCGGCGGCGGGGGUGGUGGCCGCCGUCCCGCAGCCUCCGCUCCCCGAGAAGCGUCGCCAGAGCGGCAUGCCGGGGUCCCCCAACGGGCGGCUGGGCUCACUGAGGCCCGCCGGGUCGGGGUCAGGCGGCAGCCAGACGUCGGUGCAGCACCACGUGACCUUCUCCCCAUCCGUGGGGGAGGAGGUGGCCCUGCCGCCUGCCGCCCAGAACCCAGAGGCCGGCCUCAGCGAAGAGGAGCUGGGGAACAGGGUCAGCGUAAGCGUCAAGUUUGUCCAGGACAGCUCCCGCUUCUGGUACAAGCCAGGCAUCUCCAGGGAACAAGCUAUUGCAGCACUGAAAGAGCGAGAGCCAGGGAGCUUCCUGAUCCGGGACAGCAACUCAUUUCAAGGGGCUUACGGCCUCGCACUGAAGGUUGCCACUCCACCUGCCAACGUGAACAGCCAUAAUAACAAAGUAGGCGAUCCUUUAGAACAACUGGUACGGCAUUUCUUGAUUGAGACUGGCCCACGAGGAGUUAAGAUCAAGGGAUGUCAGAACGAGCCCUAUUUCGGGAGUCUGUCUGCUCUUGUGUAUCAGCAUUCCAUCACGCCUAUCUCCCUGCCGUGUGCUCUUCGCAUCCCGGAGAAAGACCUGCUAGGAGACAUCCAGGAAGUGCAGCCAGUGAGCAACCUGAGCACUGCAGCCGACCUUCUCAAGCAGGGGGCAGCUUGCAAUGUGCUGUACCUGAACUCGGUGGAGACGGAGUCCCUGACGGGCCCCCAGGCCAUCGCCAAAGCCUCCGCUGCCACCAUGACCAGGAGCCCGCGGCCCUCCGCCACCGUGGUCCACUUCAAGGUGUCCGCCCAGGGCAUCACUCUCACCGACAGCCAGCGCAGGGUGUUCUUCAGAAGACACUACCCUCUUAACAGUGUCACCUUCAGCAGCGUUGACCCACAGGACAGGAGGUGGACUAACUCAGACAGCACAACAUCUAAGGUGUUUGGCUUCGUGGCCAAGAAACCGGGCAGUGUGGCGGAGAACGUGUGCCACCUGUUUGCAGAGCUGGACCCCGAGCAGCCGGCCUCCGCCAUCGUCAACUUCAUCAACAAGGUCAUGCUGGCCCCUCAGCGCAGGUAGAGAGAGAGAAAGAGAGAGAGGGGAGCACCCGACGCCACGCCAGGUCUGAGCCAGACCUGUGCCAGACCAGUGCAAAGUCCACCACUCAGGCUGGAGUCUGAGUCCUCGGAGGGUAUUCCAAAAUGGUGGUUCAGAAGCAAACCAGGUUCAUUUAACCUAGGGGUACAGUUAAAUAUACCAAUAAAAGAGCCUGGAGUCCUCAAUUUUUUAACUAAAUGAUGGUAGAAGGGUAUUGUAACAAGUUUUGCCUAUUCUGCUGGUUAACUCGGCUGGGUCCAUGUUCUUGGAAUACCCCCCCCCCCCUUGUGAUGAGUCUCCAGUCUGUCCAUGGGUUGGUUUGAUCACAAUACUCCUUCACUCUGUCCUUCGCACAGAGACGCACACUGGUAGUUCAUGAAGCUUAACGUCAUACUCGCUUAAAAGCACUGUACAGUUCGGCAGAACAGACACAUUCCCUGAGAUAAUACAUGAAGGGCAUUGACUGGUAUGAAACCAAAGGUAAUAGAAGAUAGUAUUCAAAUAUACACAGACACGCCAAUAGAUAUUCAUUGUGUUUUUAAAGUAGGUCUAGACAAGACCUGUUGCAGGACCAGCUCUUGCAGUCGGAAGAUGUCGAUGAUAAUGUAUUUGUUGUAAAUAAAGCUUUAAGAGACAAUCAUUGUAAUAUGUGAAUAAUAUACCGUAAACUUUGGUUGAGGUCCAAAGGAAAGUGUUACUGAAGGUUUUGAGGGUGUGUUUGUGUGUGCUGGUUUACCAAAGAGGGACAGAGUGUGUGAUGUGGAUAUAAGCCAAAGAUGGCCCCCAGGGGAAGCUGCUGGGGGAGGAAGUGUGGGUCACUGAUGUCGGGGGUCAGCCAAGGUCAAAUGCCUUAGCAUGGCUGAGGAAUGUGUAAGGGGAAGAAACAGAUGAAUGUGAUGUUCCAUGGGCAGAAUGUAUUGUACCGUUAUUGCUACUCACUGCCUCACUAGUAUCCUCCUGGUGAACAACUCCACUGUGCACACAACGAGUGCUCUUCAGAAACCAAGGGCUAUUAUUCAACAUAGUACACCUACACUGUUUAAGCCUGUCAGUUUAUAGGGGACCUGAACUCUUUCAGGAUGGGGAUGCAGAAUUCUCCUUACCCCUGGCCAUAGAGAUGGAACACUAGAUGUUGCGUUGACGACCCACGUCUUUUGGAAUGAAUGGGGUUGGCGAGGCUGUUCUAAAUAGGCUGUGGUAACGCAUGAACAUCAGUUGGUGACAAGGCAAUAUAUAAAUCACUGUAGGUGGCGGUAAAAGGUAUCUUACCUAAUAGUGUGAACCCUGGCCUGUAGCAAGAUGGCAGCUCCCGAGGCUGGCCAUGCCGAUUGGCCGAAUGCAACAUCUCUUGCUCUACAUCUAUGACCAAGGAUACAUAUAUAGUUUUCAUGUCACUGUGAAAGGCCAUGUGGAGAAGUCCACUCUUCUACAGACAGUAGUUUUCCAGCACUAGUACGAGUGUUGAUCGGUGUAUCUCUUCACUUCAUACCCAUCUAAAUAUAACUCUGUGUAAGCACCAAGAGUACUAGCCAAGACAAGUAUUCACAGGUAGCCCACAUGUAUGAUUUUAUAUAUAAAGACGUAUACAGGCCUUCUCCAUGGCCACAGUUUUUUUUUACUUACAGUAACCAAAGACAUUUAGGGAGCACUUGUUUGUAUUAAAAAGCUUUACAUUCUACUUUAUAAAAAGCUCUUGUAUUUAAUUUUUUUGCAGGACUAGGGUUUUUGUGUGCACGACAGAUACUGUAGAAGGAAACUGUGUCUAUGACAGGUUUAAUAUAUUGUGGUCUGUUUUCAUCUUUGUAUGUAGUAAUAUAUUUGUCCAUUACGCAGCUCACAUGAACGUAUAAAAGGAAGGCAACAGAAGAACAAAAAAAGGAAUUUAUAUGAUAUGCUAUUUUGACAUGUACCGGUAUGCAUACGUGAGAUAAAUAAUAAAGAAAUGUAAAGUUGUGGUACCAAAA